GAUGCGAGUGUAAUUUAUGAGGAAACAGCUUCAACUCAUGAUGUCUUCAGAGAAAGAAGAUUGAGGACCGAGAUGACCAAUCUACGUUAACUUUCUAUGUAUAUUUCGCUCAAGGAAACCAGCAUCUAAUUCAGUGAACGUAUGUGUUGCAUUUUGGGUACUUCUUAAAGAUGGCUACCAGUGAGGGUUAUGCUGUCACGUCACCGAAUCCAUAUGAAACAGAUAUUGUGUUGCUCAAUCCCACUGUCCUGAACCAUGAUACGAACGGAACGAAUUCUUCAGUCUCGUCUCUCGAUGACACGGGUCAGGUGGAUCUAGUGGCCAUCCUCGGGCCAAAAAGAGCAACUCUUUAUAAAGUGAUACCUAUGACGAUUAUUUAUGCGCUGAUAUUUCUGACGGGAACUGUGGGGAAUAUAAUGACGUGUAUUGUGAUAUCAAGAAACAAGUAUAUGCAUACGACCACGAACUACUACCUAUUUAACUUGGCAAUGGCUGAUCUUUUAGUGCUUUUCUUAGGUCUACCACAAGAAAUUUACCAAUUCUGGUCGGCCUAUCCGUGGGUUUUUGGGGAAGUUUUCUGUAUAUUUCGGGUAUUUGCUGCAGAGGCAUCAACUUAUGCCUCAAUUUUAACCAUAACAGCCUUCACUGUGGAGCGCUACAUUGCCAUUUGUCAUCCCCUCAAAGCCCAUACUGUCUCGACUCUAGGCCGCGCGGUGAAGGUGAUAAUUGUGAUAUGGAUUGUUUCUGCUGUCUGUGCCACUCCCAUGGCUAUGCAGUUUGGGAUAUUGUACGCGACUGAUUCGAAUGGCACCAACAUUCCCGAAUCCAGUGUCUGUAACUUUAAAGGGGAAUACGACUUGCCCCAUGCAUUCGAAGUGGCGACAUUUUUAUUCUUCUUCACGCCCAUGACCAUUAUCACAGUUUUGUACAUACUCAUAGGAAUAGCAGUGCGGAAGUCACAGUCAAAGAUCAAGAGAGGUGACCAUGAGUUGCCGGGACAGGGAGGAGACAUGUCACGGUCAGAAUGGAAGACACAGCAGCAAGCAAAGGCAAGGAAAGCUGUCUUAAAAAUGCUUGUGGCAGUCGUGGUCGCCUUCUUCAUCUGCUGGGCUCCCUUUCACGCCCAGCGCCUCAUGGCUCUCUAUCAAACAGACGGCAAGUUCCCCGAGCUCGCCAAUGUGCUAUAUUACAUAUCCGGCGUCCUAUAUUACGUAAGUUCCACGAUAAAUCCCAUCCUCUACAAUAUCAUGUCCCUCAAAUUCAGGGAAGCUUUCAAAAACACGAUAUUACAGCCCUGCAGAAAACGCGGGCAUCGGACACAAGUGAAUUAUAAAUUUGAUAGCCGGAUGGGCGCGACGGAGACGGGUUUCUCGUGGACGGAACAAUCACCUAUCACGGGUCCUGGACGGCCUAAUACUAGUUCCCGAAAUCCAUUACUUAGUAAGUACACACGGACACAAAUGGAUGAACCACGUCCGUCUAUAAGUGAGUCUGGAGUACGGAAUAUCCCGGAGAAUGAUGACGAUACGGCGGAGGACAGGGUGGAGCUGGGCGAUAUCGGAGGUGAUAUGAAGGAGGUGAAGUGUAACGGAAAGAUUCAGAGCCGGCCUGUCUCUAUUGAGGUGACACCGCCUUCGGAGACGGACCCGUUGAAACCAAAUGGGAAACCCUGUAAUGGGUUCUAAUGUUAAUAUCUUCAUGUGUGUUUUAUCUGUGGAAGUAGGCUUCCAGGGAGACGGCGGUAUCAGCUUCAUAACUGUUCAUCGAUGAUGAAACCAUGUUGCUGGAUGAUCAUUUGCGCAGAUGGAGGAUUUAUUAAAUAGUGAGCGCUGUUGAUCCUUAAAGGUGCCGAGUCCGUCACUGGUGAGAGAUCGGUGCGAGUUCCACUACCGAUCCGUGUAAUACUGUUCCGCCACUUGCUGAAUUAAUAGUGAGAAGUAUGAUUCCCAUGGAAACGCUCGUUGUAAUUUUUAAUAAAUUAUCCUUUUGGGUCUAUCAAUUGGAUGAAAAGCAAUGAGAAAAGUUUUUGGGGAAUAGUAAACCUGUACAUUAUUGUCAUGUCAUGGCAGAGUCGAUUCUGCUUGAGGAGUCAGUAAACGAAAAUAAUAGGUCACGUUAAGGCAUUCCAAUAUUCCCUGUGUGGUUGUAUAGUAAUGUGUGCGGAUUGAUACAGUUCAAGGCCGUACUCGUUGAAGAUGAAAGGAAUAACUCAAUCGUUGGUGGCUUUCCGUCUGGUCAAAUUAGUUGAGCUUCUUACUCAAAAUGUAGUUUGUUACGGGUGAGUGUUUAUCACUUGCCUGAGAUGACAUGUUUCCCGCGGUUGUUUUGAUUAGCUGAGGCUUUGUAGGAGAAGAUAGGGGUUCCGGAAUAGGCUCGGAGUUCAGAUUUAUCACUUCUUUCCUCUGCCUAUCUCAUGAGACAUCCAUAAACAGCGCAGUGACCCUCAAGGUACCAAACCACACAAACUUACUAUAGUCCUUCCUUGUCAACGUUUCUUAGCUAUGACAUUUAGUUUAAGCAUUUCAUCGCUAUCAUUCCCGUCAUCUUAUCUUCCGUUUUCAUGUCAGUUCAUUAACGUUCUAAUCUCUAGAUCAAAACUCACUUGCCGCCGUCAAAGCUGUGGGAUUUUUUGGGUUGUGCUUGUGUCAGUAAAAGUGACCUCAUCAUCUCUGUGUGAAAACAUGCAUCGCCAUACUCAUUGUCAAUACCAUUGCUUCACAUCCAUUCAUGAUGUUUCAUUCAUGACAUUACCUCAUCAUUCACCAUUACCAGUAAUAAGCCACAUCCUCAUCACCAAUCAACUUAUCACCGUUCUCACUUCGGCAUUGCCUUGGGUUUGUCAUCACGAUCAUCAUUGUCAUACAUCGCUCAUCCUAUCCUUACACGGGCAAUCCACCCGAUUCCCGACUCCCUCAAGUCACGUUCAUGCACCAUUCCUGAACGGCUUCCUUCACCGUCACGUCACAUCAUUUCUUCCUGGCAUUAUUGUACUUUUACCAUACCAAUAUUCAGCGACGUAAUAUUAUAUGAGACCUUGAUUUGAGGCUAGUGAUCUUGUCUGGGAUGCGCUCAAUCACAGACAUUGUGUAAUGCUAUCAUCCCUCCUAAGUAUGCUGUUAGAACCUGUUCGCCGACACUGCUAAAGAGUAAAGUAAGUCGGCCACAUAUGUUAUGAAUUCUGAUAACAUUCUGGGUGACCUCUUUCAUAUCAAUCAUCUUAUCACGUUCGUCACACUUGAUAUAGCGGUUCAAAUCCCAUCAUCCCCAAAUCCCAUCAUCAUUAUCACUCAUUUCACUGAUGGUCAUCAAACCACUACAUAUUACGUCUGUCAUUAAGGCAAGUAUCAUUUGAAUUCUCCGUUAGUUCAUCGAUCCAUCACUAACAUUAUUGGCUGAUCACGUCGUCACCACGAAAAGGAGGAACACGCUUGCUAAGUAUCAACUGGUGAUAAGUCAGAGUAGGCUUAGACCUGUGCUUGGAACCAAUUUACUACUUGAGGCUUGUUUUAAGCGUUUUCCGGUUAGAAUCAUAAUAUUUCUUGUUGUUGUUUUCGGCUCAUGGCGUUAUGGGCUCUUCAGUUGGCCUCCAACUGCCACUUUAUACGAGGCAGAAACUCAACCUAAAACUGACUGUAUAUAGUGGGCCUGCUGUUUGUAAAGCUGAUCCACCGUCCUUCUAAACAUCUAGUUGUCGACAAGACAACAGUAUUCGUUAAGUCAUUUGAUUGUAUGUUUCAGAGUAUAAUUGAUAUAAAGUUGUACUUUGAUGGUUGUAUCAACAAUAAAAGGUCUAUCUUUUCAUAUAA